AUGAUAAACCUUCAAUAACAAACAGAAAAAUUAUUUCAAAAUCUCCUUUACAAGGCUUAAAUACCGGUCAAACUCCUAGUGAUGAUUCGAAAGAUCAUUUAAUUGCACAAAUUGUCGAAAUGGGAUUUUCUGCUGCUGAAGCAGAGACUGCGCUCGCCGCUACCGACAGUAGAGAGGAUAUUCAAUCUGCUAUUGAAAUUCUUUUUCAGCAACGUGAGGCUGAAGAUCAGCUUCAUAAAAAACAAAUUGAUAAGCGAGAUACUUUUAAAAAUAAACAGGACUUAGGAUUAGGUAAAAGAAGGACUAACACCCUUCCGCACCAUGAAGACGAUGGUGAUUAUGAUGAUGACAGCGAGCCAAGGUUUACACCUCGUGGACGUUAUUCAUCUAAGAGUAGUCCUUUUAGUGUACCAAAACGUAACAUUUACGGAAAGAAUACUUCAGAUGGUGAAAGUAGUGAUCGAUCUUCUUCUUCAACUUCAUCAAGCUUUUAUCAAUCGAAAGAAAAGUUAAUUAACACUGCAAGUGAAUUUGGUUUGACAGCUUUAAAAAAAGCAAGUGCAUUGUAUAAGCAGUCAAGAGAUAGAGUAAAUAAAGCAUUAGUGGAACUUCAACUGCAACAUGAUUCAGAAGAGGAGGGUACAAGAAGGCCAAAAUGGUUGCAAGAAAAUGAAUUUCAAGAAUCUGAUGAUUAUUCAAGCGAAAAGCAUAGUAAUUCUCGAGGUGGAAAAGCUAAUGAUAACAAUAGAGAAUUUCAAAAAAUUGCUAGUAGUUGUGAUAAUACUAGUAGUGAAAAUAUUGGUAAUUUAAAUUUAAAUAAAUUUGGUACUAGGAAUGGAGAUAAGUAUGGUCGAUUAGAAAAAUUUCACGAUAGUUAUGAAGAUACUACCAGUAGUGAUGAGGAUCAACCAGUCAUUGAUAAAGAUAAUUUUACUCCAAUAUCUUCGGACUUUAGAAAGAACGACAAAGUUAAUCGUCUGUCUAAUUUCGAUCUUGUUGAUUCAAAAAAAUCAAAACCUGCAGUCCCCUCGAGAUCUACAAAGCCAAAUAUAGACUUUAAUAAUUCAUCUUAUGUAUCACCUGCUCGACGACGACCCCAUACAAGUUCAUCAUCAAAAAUGGUUGGAGACAUUUCAACGCAUGGUACUCCUAAAAUUAUACCAACUCCUCGACCAACAGUUCAUGUAUCUCCAGAGCAAAUACGUAAUUCGGAAUCUCACAAAACCAAAGGGAAUGAUGCAUUCAAACUUGGUCAAUUUGGUGAAGCUGAAAAAUCUUAUUCUCUCGCAAUUGAUUGUUUACCCUCAAAGCAUAUACAACUUGUUGUGCUUUAUAAUAAUAGAGCGACCGCAAAGUCCAAGAACGGUGAUCAACGAGGAUGUGUUGAGGAUUGCAUUCUAGCUCUUCAAUUAAUAGGUGAUUAUACAUUACCACCACCACCAGGAGUUAAUGUAGACUUAAAAGCUCAAUACAUUAAAGCGCUUAUUCGUCGUGCUUCAGCUUAUGAAUCAAUGGAAAAAUAUGACAAUGCUAAAGAUGAUUACCAAAAAUUAAUGAAUGUUGACCCAAAUAUCAAUAAAAAAGUUAGCGACGGUUUGAGGCGCUGUCAACAAGCCAUCAAUAUGUCAACAGAUGGUUUUGAACCUGUGCAAAAAAGUUCAAAUGUUAAUGGGUUUGAUAAUGACUUUGUGCCUUUUAGCUCACAAACUUUCACAAACCCAUCAACAUAUACAGCUUCAUCAAAUACCUAUACUGCACAACUUAAUAAAUUUGGUUUUAUUGAUCCAACUAUGGUAAAGCCAGCUACAUCGAAUCUAACAAUAGAAACUACAGUUGAUCCAAAUAAUCCAGCUGUAGUAAAACUACGUAAUCAAACACGGCAACAAGAAUUUGAAGAUGCAGAAAAAUUGAGAUGUAAAGAUCAGGUUGAUCAAAAAUUAAUACAAUGGAAGGGAGGAAAAGAAACAAACCUUAGAGCAUUAAUUAGUAGUUUGGAUACAGUACUUUGGGAAGGAUUAGGCUGGAAAACUAUAGGCUUGUAUGAACUGGUAACUCCUGCUCAAGUUAAAAUUAAGUACAUGAAAGCUAUUGGAAAAGUUCAUCCAGAUAAGCUUAGCAGUUCAGCUACAAUUGAACAAAAACUUGUAGCAAAUGGAGUAUUUUCAACUUUAAAUAAUGCGUGGGAUGCUUUUAGAACUCAUAAUAAUAUAUAA